CACCUCCCGGCCGUCACAGGCCCGCCACGUUCCGACGCUUUUUUGUCGUCUCCGGCGAAGCCGGACGGGCGCCAUGGCACUGGAGGCGGUGGAGGGUGAUGCCGCACUGGAGGCCCUUGCAGAGCUGCUUUACGAGAAAGUGGAAGAAACCGAGGAGAUUGCGGUUUAUUUGGAUACUGACCAGAAAGAUGGCUACAUUGAGGAGUUGACCAGCUUCGUCACCAAGCUCUUUGAAGACGAGGGUGGGCCUCCCAGGCUGGUCUCUCCGUGGAUCACGGAAGACGUGGGCAAUGCGAUUUGCACCCUGCUGUUGGAGAGUGACAGCAACUUGCAGGAUCCGAGCAGUUUUCAGGUCUUGUAUGAGAACCUGCUGCAGCCUCACUGCCGACUGCUGAAAGAAUGCAUCAACGAAUGCAGGGCAGAGCCGGAAAAGAAGGAGGAGCUGGAGCAACGGGGUGCCACGGACUACGAGGAGAUCCGCACGGACUCCUUCGAUUUAUUAGAGAUGCCACGACAGACCGCUGCAGACCUUCAAUCGGCCUGGGAGCAUUUCAUCCACUGCUACGAGUCCACGGAAGUAGCUGGAGAGGCCUUGUAUGAUGCGAUCUGUGAGAGCUCGCCCGCCGUCAGCUUACUCUUUAAGACGCCGCGCACGGUCACCGCGAUGCGGCUCAACGAGGGCAUCCACCAGAUCAUCAACAGCCUCAACGAACCGCAAGAUGUGAAGAACUUGGUGGACAUGCUUGGGUUCAGACACCUGGAGUUGGACGUGACGACCUCAAGGGUGGAGAUCGUCCGCAAUGCCAUCGUGGAACUCCUCUCCAACGAGCUGGGGCACCACUUUGGCACAGCCGCCCGCAACGGCCUUUUCCAAGUUCUGAACUACGUGGGGGGCACGCUGAUCUACAUCCGCUCGAACUACGCGGACCGCGUGCGGAUCCUCUCAGAGAGCUGGGUGGUGGCGAACGAGGACCGGAAAGCAUGCAAAAAGGCUGAGAAGGAAGCCAGAGAAAAGGCGCAACAAGAAGCAGAGGCGCUGAAGCAGAAAGAAAGAAAUGUGGAAGUGGAGAAGGAUCCGGAAGCCAUUGCGGAAGAAGAGACGCAUCAGGCUCGGAUCCAGAAGAGGAAGAAGGACAAGGAACAAAAUGUUCCCAGGACCUUCUAUGAUAUGUUUUGCUUCAAUGCUGCGGUCAUGGAUUUGCUUGAGGACUGGAUGUAUGAGGUGCUGGACUGCUUCGACACCAUCGUGGUGAAUGCCGGGAACACCUUCCGACUGCAGGAAGAGUGUGAUGUCUUGACCUUGAAGAUGGCCAAGAUGCCGCAGCCCAUCACCUUAUCGGACUUCAAGGCGGUGAUGCUGGCGUCCCUGCGCUCCUUGAUCCCCAAGGACUGGUCCGCCUCGCAUGAAGCGGCUUGGUCCUGGCUUUGGCAAAACGUGGAGCACCUACUGCAGCAGCAGCUGGGCAAGCCGCAACAACGUGAACGCCUCCUGGGGCGUUUCUUCGCGUCCAUCGACCAAGAGAGACGUGAUGCGAUUUGCCUCACCUUGUAUGGGCGGUUCUUCCAGUUGGUGCCUGCAGGACAGGAUCAUUUCAAGCAAUCGGCGUCGCGCCUGGCGCUGAUCGCCAAUCGCGUGCUGGAUAUGAGCUUUGAGGUCAUCAAAUAUCCCUAUCGCAUGGUCGACGAGAUCAGCGCCUUGGGUCUACGCCACGUGGGCUAUGCCGUGCCCAUCGAGUACUUUGGUCCCUUCGUCUCCGCCGCCAUGGAGACGCUGGAAACAGAGGCCAAGGCACCGGAGGAGGUCAUGGACAGCUUCUCCUGGUCCUUGGGUUUGAUCUCCAGGAUGUUGGUGAGGACGAUCAAGGAAGGCUCCACCAUCGUGAUGAAGGCCAUCAACCAGAACUCCCGGGAGCUGCUGUCCACCUCAUUGGCCUGCGCGCCGCGGGGCAAGCGCUGCGAGUGGGUGCUCACCAUCUCGGUGGGAACCCAAUCCAUCAGCCCCUUGAUGUGGGCCAUCGACAGUGGCACCUGGACGGCUGCCGAGCACAUCAUCGAAGACUUGUUGACCAUCCGCGCCGACCGAGAGAAGUACUACUAUGGUUUGGAUCAUCUCUUUGAGAGGCACCCAGACAUCGUUGAGAUCUUAGGCACCCGCGCCACCGUGCUCUUGACACCGCUCUUCAACGGCAUGGUUUGGCGGUCCCAUUUGGCGCACAACGGCAUGCGUCGGGCGAACUACUACAUCAAGCAUUUGGUGGUGAACAAAGAUGGGAAGUUCCCGGAUGCUCUCCACAGCAUGGUGGAAUUGCAGGAUCCCAGCAUUGCGGUGCAUCCCUUCCUCAUGCACCUCACGGAGAUCAUUUGGACCGGCGUGAUCCGCCCGAAGUUCGUCUUCGGCAACACGUGGCUUUGCUUCAACUUGAUCGUCUUCGUUUUUGGUCAUGGAAUCCUGAACCAUGCAGAAGACCAGGCCUAUUUCUCCUCGCGCGUGGCCAUGUUCACGUGCCGCUGCAUCAUCUACUUCUUCGGGAUGACGAACCUCAUCUACGGUCGCGUGCGGCACAUCUAUCAGGCGAUCCGCGACAAGGAUCUGGUGAUCAUCGGCCGCAUCCCGAUCCCCAAGAGGUACUUCGAUAACUGGCGAGAACCUGCAAGCCUGAUUUUGGUCAUCGCCCUGAUUAUCAGCUUCUUCAUCGAGCCCAUUUUGUAUUGCUUGCAGCACUACGAGGGCGAUUUCCAGGGCGCCGGGCUCUUUACGGACCUUUGUCCUGAAGCCGAAAUCAUGCGAGAGAUCUAUUCGGUGCUCUCCAUGUUCAUUAUCGGAUUGUAUAUGGCGUUGCUCCUGGAUUUGGCCACCCUUUCUGCGAAGUUCAGCGCUUAUGUGCUGGUGGUCAUCAACACGUUACCGGAAGUGCUGUUGAUGCUCGCGAGCCUGGCUUUCUUCAUCCUCAUGUUCGCCACCUGCAUCGCCGUGAGCGAGAACGACGUGCAAUCCUUCCAGGACUUCCCGAUGGUGGUGCUUCGGCUCUUCCAGUUCGCCAUUCGCAUCAACGGUCACGACGAGCUGCAAGACAUCAUGCAGUCUCCGGUCCUGUCUCUGGGCCUUGGUGCCUUCCUCGUAGUGCUCAUCCUAGGCACCUUCAGCAUCUUCGUGGCCCAGCUCACCUGCGUCCAUGAAGAGAUCUACAGCAGCAUGGUGGGCUAUGCCAGCUUGAGACGGAUGCAGAUUGAAGUCGAUUACAUGCAAACCCUGAGGAGAAAGACUUGGAAGAAGUUCGUGCAAGGCCUGGCCAUGGACGAGCCGCUGGAGUUCGGCGAGGGCGACAUCGGCUUGCCCGGCGGCGUGCAGAUCGAGGAGCCCGCGAAGCUGCAUCCCUUGCACCGCGAGACCAUCAUGAGGUAUGGAGGCACAACGAGUCCUGACGAACCCUGGCCAGAGACCUACAGUAGCCACGAGACGGAAGAUGAGAAGCUCGAGCGUAUGAUGAAGAAGUUCCAGCGGGCCUUGGCCAAGGUGGCCAAGAAGACCUUGAAGACCAGCAAGCUCGGAAGCGGUUUCACUGGUUUGAGCUCCAUGAGCUUCGGCCAGAGCUUCAACAAGAGCCGGAACUCCGACGACAACGACAGCCUCUCGGGCCACUCCGCCGCCGGCUGAGCGAUCUUUUUCAUGCCACCGGAGCAUGAGUUUCACCCGUUUCAAUGGAGUGGGAGGCGUCUCAACGCUUGGAUUCUCCUACCCCAAGAUGGGUGUCCUAC